AUGGGUACGAUGGCCACAAUACAACAGCAACUACGGAAACAUGCCCUGACCGCCAAGGAACUCAAGCGCCUAGUUGGUACACCAUGGUGGCCACUGCAGCGACCGGCACGUGUCGGACAAUUCACGGGUUCGAAGCCAACCGAGACACCGUCUUUUGCGUUUGCCAACGAUAUGCGGUUGGCCAUGAGACACAGACGUACUCGACUGCGCCAAUUUGCAUCAGGAUAG